AUGGAGAUCAGCAGUGAUGAGAGAGUGGAGCUAUCCAUUGUGGAACACCUCCCUCCUCCUUCGUCCCAUAACAAUGGAGACACCAGCGGUGUGGAGGUUGCCAUGGAGGAGGAUCAUCUAUGGCCAACCAAAGAUGGCCCUCUUCCUAUAUUCCUUAAGUUUGAGAAUGUGGAGUACAAGGUGAAGCUUAGCCCCAAUAACCCCCUGACAGCUGCAAAGGUGGCCUUUGCAUCUCACAUGAGGGCGGAUCAUGGCAGCAGCAGCAGCUGCAAGCACAUCCUCAAGGGCAUAGGUGGCAGCGUUGACCCUGGUGAGAUCCUUGCACUGAUGGGCCCUUCUGGCAGUGGCAAGACUACAUUGCUCAAGAUACUCGGUGGCAGGCUUGGUGGCAGCGUCAAGGGCCAGAUCACCUACAACGACACACCCUACAGCCCCUGCCUCAAGAGGAGGAUUGGAUUUGUGACUCAGGACGACGUUCUGUUCCCUCAGCUGACGGUGGAGGAGACGCUGGUGUUCGCCGCCUUCCUGCGGCUGCCGGCGCGCAUGUCCAAGCAGCAGAAGCGCGACAGGGUGGACGCCAUCAUCUCGGAGCUGAACCUGGAGCGGUGCCGGCACACCAAGAUCGGCGGCGCGUUUGUGCGCGGGGUGUCGGGCGGCGAGAGGAAGCGAACAAGCAUCGGGUACGAAAUCCUAGUGGACCCGUCGCUGCUGCUCCUGGACGAGCCCACGUCGGGGCUGGACUCCACGUCGGCGAGCAAGCUGAUCGUGAUCCUCCAGCGGCUGGCCAAGUCGUCGACGCGGCGGACCAUCAUCACCACCAUCCACCAGCCGUCGAGCCGGAUGUUCCACCUGUUCGACAAGCUGCUGCUCAUCUCGGAGGGCCACGCCAUCUACCACGGCAAGGCCAGGGACUGCAUGCACCACUUCUCCUCGCUGGGGUUCACGCCGGAGAUCCCCAUGAACCCGGCCGAGUUCCUGCUGGACCUCGCCACGGGCAACCUCGAGGACAUCAGCGUGCCCGAGCUGCUCCGGGACGGCUCGCCGGCGCCGCAGGAGUUCAGGUCUCGCGUCGUGUCCUACCUCCAGCUCAAGUACAAGGAGGAGGCGAAGCUGCAGAAGGUGGCGGCGAGGCGGCCUGGGGAGCAGCUGAAGCUUGCGAUCCGGAUGCGCAAGGACCGGAGCAUCAACUGGUUCCAGCAGUUCUUGGUGCUGUCGCGGCGCACGUUCCGGGAGCGCGCCGCCGACUACCUGGACAAGAUGCGGCUGGCGCAGGCCGUCGGCGUGGCGCUCCUGCUGGGGCUCCUGUGGUGGAAGUCCAAGACCGGGAACGAGGCGCAGCUGAGGGACCAGGUGGGGCUCAUCUUCUACAUCUGCAUCUUCUGGACGUCGUCGUCGCUGUUCGGGUCCGUCUACGUGUUCCCCUUCGAGAAGCUCUACCUGGUGAAGGAGCGCAAGGCGGACAUGUACCGCCUCAGCGCCUACUACGCCAGCAGCACCCUCUGCGACGCCGUGCCGCACAUCGUGUACCCUGUCCUCUUCAUGGGCAUCCUCUACUUCAUGGCGGAUCUACGGCGCACCGUCCCCUGCUUCUUCCUCACACUCCUCGCCACCCUCCUCAUCGUCUUCACCAGCCAGGGGACGGGGGAGCUGCUGGGGGCGGCGAUUCUGAGCGUGAAGAGGGCGGGGGUGAUGGCGUCGCUGGUGCUCAUGCUGUUCCUGCUCACCGGAGGGUACUACGUGCAGCACAUACCCAAAUUCAUACGGUGGCUGAGGUACGUGUCGUUCAUGCACUACGGCUUCAACCUGCUGCUCAAGGCGCAGUACCACGGCCACCUGACCUACAACUGCGGGAGCCGGACGGGUUGCCAGCGGCUGCAGUCGUCACCGUCCUUCGACACCGUAGACCUCGACGGUGGCAUGCGGGAGGUCUGGAUCCUGCUCGCCAUGGCCGUCGCAUACCGCCUUCUUGCCUACUUCUGCCUCCUCAAGAGGAUCAGCCUCAUGCCCUUGUGAAAAGAGGGGAAAGGAAAUGUGAAUUGCGCCUGCCACGGCAAAUUGGCAUGGCAUGAUUUGCUAGCUUAGGUCUUCCUACUUUAUUCCUUGGCAGCAUGUAAUGCAUGUUAAUUAAGGGGUAGUACAAGGCAUGAACUCUGAGUAAUA